AUGGAUCCAUCGAUGCCCUCGCCAUGGUCCUUGCCAAAGGUGCCGAGGACCUUGUCCACUCCUGGGUAUCCGGGCUACCCUGGGCUUUCACAGAUGACGAUGGGCUUUCCAGCCCCUGCUCUUCCAGGAGAUAUGUCUCCUUUCCACCAGCCGGUGCUGCUGGGCAGGUCGCUGUCACACGCGAUGACGGCCUCGCCCAUGAUUCCACAGAUACCUCAUGCCCCUUCAUCCCCAUCGGGGCUAGUCCACUCAACAUCACAUCUGCUGAAUUUGCAGAGCUUGAUGCCGUCGGUAUCCCACUCCCAGACCUCCAUGUUCCAACCUGCAAAUUUCCAAUUCACCUUCAACGCAGAACCCUCCACGAGCGAAGCCAGGCAGCCGGCAGAGCCCGUGACUGCACCUCAGGCCGACCUUGCAAUGGGCGGGACAUCCGCGUGCUCGGCAUCCGCAGCGCCGUGCGAUUCGCAUGCGCUAGCAGCACCUUCGCAGUCAUCUGUGCAUCGUAGAGAGGCCCAGCGGCCGGCCUUGGGGGUGUGCCAGGAGCCGAUGAACUGCGACACGCAGCUCAAGCAGUGCAUCGCCGAAUGCAGGAGAGUGCUCGAGGCCAAGGCAGCUCAGUGCCGCAGCGCCGGCAAAAAGUAUGUUGAUCCGGACUUUCCUUCCGACUCAAGAUCUCUGUGGUUGAACGGCCUUUCACCUUCAGAACCAUUGAGCUCUGUGACGGUGUCAUCCUGGUGCCGGUCGAAGCCACAAGGAGAGCAGCCACAAGUCGGCUACCAGGGAGCUGAUGUGAUCGCCCCUGGGGUGCUCGGGAGCUUUUACCUGCAGGGUGCACUGGCAAUGAUGCGCAGUGUCGGCAAAGAUCCCAACGAGUUGAUAGUUCACCGAGACGCUGAUGUGGGUAUCUACGGCGUGCGCUUUUUCAAGGAUGGAAGAUGGAUCUACGAGAUUUUGGAUGACCUUCUUCCAGAGUCGGAGCAGCGACCACUCAGCAGCUCCUGCAAUGGACAGGAAUGGCCUGCCUUGAUCGAAAAAGCGUACGCCAAGUUGCAUGGAUGUUACGAAGCCGUUGCCACUGGCGCAGAGGAAGAUGCCAUGGAGGACCUCUUGGGAGCUGGCUCUGGGCGCUUUGCUGUAAGCGACUUCCCUGUGUGGGCAGAAUUGUGGCAACAUCUCAGGAGCAAGCGGAAAAGAGGCUUUGCUCUGGCAGCGAUCCGGAGGAGGGAAGCAGCCGGGGAAGCGCUUAGACUGAAGGGCUUCGAAGGUGAAGAUGAUGGCAAUGGUCUGCGGAGGCUGCAGCGCACUCCUCGAGUCUUCCAUCGAUCGAACGACAUUCGACACACCAAGCGAAACGAGCUCCGGGCAAACUUGCUACCAUGCAUCCUCCAGGUCGACAGGGCCCCUUCAGAGGGAGCUUGUCUGGCAUCAGAUGCCGUGGAGGAGCAUUCUGAGAAGUACAAGCACUACAAAGGAAUUCUGAGUGGAAGAAGCGAAGGUGAAAAUGAGACUCAAGUUUUCGUAGAGAAGGACGCUUUCCCACCAGGUUGGGAUCCUUCAUGGCAGGCUGUGGAGGCUUGCCAGGGAUUGCGAGACCUAGUCCAGGACAGGUCACUGCGAUACCGAAGGCCAGUCGAGGAAAUGGUGAACGUAAACAGCGACCUUCCCUUCCGACACGAGGACGCACCAGUUGAUCUGGAAGAGCUCACAAACUCUUUGACGAUCGAGUUCCAGAACCUCGAGAAUUCUUGGAAGGGCACGAAGCAGGCAUUCACGAGUCUUCAAAUUGCUUCACGCGUGCCUUUGCUAGUCAAAGACCCUGGUGGCAUGGCCUUGGAGACACAGUCCCUCCCGAAUGAUGUCCACACUCUCCGGCUGGACCUCAACCCUGGAGAAGUCCGACACAUCGCUUGCAACAUGAAGAGCCGGCACUUCAAAGGCACGGCCUUGGAGCGGAGGCUGGUGCAGCUCGUGGACCCGGAGCGGAGCGCUCUGGCGGCGUUGAUGCGGGCUCUGAAGGCCCGAGAGACCGAGGCCCGCGGGCAUGCCGCGGUGCUCAGCGACCUUUUGCGUGAGGUUUCCGUGCCGCUGCCUGCGCUGGAGGAGGAGCUGCGGCAUCGAAGAGGCGACGCGGCGGGCGAGGAGAGGCUGCAGGCGCUGCUGGCGGACUCACGGCGGACCCUGGCACGCCUGUUGGCUGUGGCAGACAAGCUUGCCCCGGUCGCUCAGCCGCUUGCGGCUUCUCUGGCGCAUGCCAUUGAUCGCAUGGCUCUGAUUUGCGUCAGAGAGGUGGACCGAGUAGCCAUCCGCUGUCAUGAAGAAUACGAGCAGUUGCUGCAGGCCUUCUUUGAAAGCGACGUUGCGAGGAAGCAGGCGGAGGAUCUCAUCGAGAAGAUCGGUGGCCGCCAUGCCAGCGGCGACCUUGCGAGCAGGCUGAAGGUCAUGGAGAACGAGCUCCAGCAGCAAGCUCGGACCCACGCCAAGCUCAUCGACGAGAAGAACAGCCUCGAGGUGGCCCUGGCAGAGGCGGAGAGCACCGGAGCCGGACUUCGUGGCCGCGUGCGGCAGCUCGAGGAGGAGAUACUUCACCUCCGUCGCCGACAGCCAGCACAGCCAGCUUGGACGUCGUCUGAAGUGAAGUUGCCGGAGCAGAAGCGAUGUCCGGUGAAGUCGGAUUCUGAGACUUCCUUAUGCGAGAUAGAGUCAGAGGACACCUUUGCAGAGGCCGAUCGGCAGGGCAAGAAAGAUCGACCGAGAUUGGAGGUUGCGCAGCCUCCGCCUCCGGCGGUCUUUACAGUGGCCGGAACCGCCCAGACGGACACAGAGUUCUACUUCUGCAAGGGCGAUGACUUCCAAGCACCCGAAGAAAUUAGCUUCGAUCUGCACAGCAGCAUCUUGCAGACCGUGCAGAGGCUUUACAAGAUGCUUGGCAAGUACGAGUGGAAUGCAAAGACGGGAAGCUUCCUGUAUAGGACGGAUGGGAGUAGCUCCGACGAGGGUAUGGAGGGCCAGCGCCGUCCCUCCAUGGGAAGGUUGUCCCUGUUGGGCAACAAUCGAAAUGCGGAUAUUCGCAGGCUGAAGGUGAAAGUCCAAGAAGCGCACCAGCAGGCCGCCGCGUCGCAGCUCAAGGAGCAGCUGGAGCGCCUUCGCCCCGUGGUAAAGGGAAGCUUCGAUGAAUGGCUGGCGAAGCUACUGAAGGAGUCCGGCUCCGACAAGCUUCAAGCUGGACGGCUGCCGGAUCCAGACAAGCUUUACGAUGCGAGUGCCGGAGCCAUGUCCGCUGACCUCCAGCAGCGUGCCGAACGCUUGAGGCUACAGGCAGCCGAGUUGGUUCUGAGGAAGAUACUGACCAGUGGCGACUCGGAGCCAGAUCCGUGCGUGCUGGAAGCUGCGGUUCUCGAGGCCCGGCAACUUCCAGGCGUGAAUGCCGAGCUGCUCUCGGCCGCCGAAGCGAAGCUCGAGGAGGCGAACAACAUGCAGCAGCUGGAAGAGAAACCCGACGUGCUGCGAGAGCGUCUCUUCGACGCUGUGAACGAUGGCGACUUGCCUGUAGCCACACGCUGCUUGGACGCCAAUGCGGGAACAUCUGCGCAGCUGUCCAUAGACGUCACGGACCACGACGGGAAUACGCCUCUCUCUGAAGCCGCUUGCUACGGAGAGGUUGAGCUGGCAAAGUUCUUUCUGUCAAGAGGGGCACACCCAGACUCUCGGAACGAUCUGGGCCGCACCCCGCUCUGGAGAGCAUGCUACAAUGGGCAUGCUGAGAUCGUUGAACUCCUGCUGCAAAGUGGAGCUGAUAAGUCCAUCCCGAACAAUCUGGGAGAGGAACCUGUGAAGCAUGGCACGGCUGCGACGAAGUCCUUGAUCGAGUCCUGGGAUCCGCUUGAAACCGCGAGGCUAAAGGAGGCUCUCAGCCUGGGCCCUUGGCAGAAAGCUGCACAGACAAAGACAAAGGCAGCCUCCACUACUUUGCCUCUUGCAUCAGAGAGGACGGCGAGCCCGCUAGAGGAGAUGAUCCAAAGUGGAGAGGUGACCUGGCCUGUGAAGAUUGGCUUGAAGGAGCUGCAGCUUGCCUUGAUCGCCGCCCACGACUCCGGCAAGGUUCCCUUGGUGAUAGCAAACGGGCUGGAGCAGGUGGAGCAGUUUCUGCUUUACUCCUGCGAUGGCUUGAUUGACGGGAAGCAGCUGAUCUCCGAAGUCUUCAUUAAGCAAAGCGCUACGCUUGACGAAGCGCGUGAGCGGCUGAAGGAAUCCCUUCUGUCCACGAUGGAGAGUCACGGAUCCGGCCUCUCACUGCACGUUCGCCUGGGGGACUCGGCCUGUGAUUUCACCAACUUCUGUGCGCCAAACCUCUUUCCGGCGGAAGUCUUCGGUGGACCGGCGAGGUGGAACGACGAAGAGGUUCACCGGCACUUCCCGGAUCCGAUGGUCUGUUUCCAGCCAGAGUUCCGCUUGGUCGUGAGCUCUCGCUUUACCAUCACUGAAGCCCACGAGCACCUGGCGGACAAGCUUCCAUAUUUCCAGGCUGCAGCCUGUGGCAUGCUCGACUUCUGGCAGUUGUCUGAGAAAUGCCUGGCAUCCAGGUCAUGGAAGUCACACAAGGCGAAGGCAGCGGGCCUCAAGUCCCAAAGCCAUUUGCCGAAAAGUGAGUUGCGACUUUGGGAGGACAGCUUGAAUCGAUUGAUCCCGGUUGCGGAUCGCCUGCGACAGAACGAAGGAGACGGGAGCUUCUGGAAGAGGGUCAUGCGCUCCGUGAAGCACAGCAUGACGGCGAGACGAGGAUCCUCGGCCAUGAGAGCUGAAGCAGUUCAGCGCCUGAAUUCAGGCGCGAAGCUGAGCCAGAUCAACACACUGGCCAGGUUGCAUGGGGAACUGGCCCUGAUCUGGCAGACGAUGCCGCCAAAGCCGCAGAAGCUGGCUGCUGGGACGUUGCUCCUUCGGCCCCUGGCACCACAGGUACUUCAGGAGGCCGUGAGGAACUACUACCUGAAGUCCUGCAACAGGCACAAGCAGGUGGAGCAAGCCGUCUUCAACCUCUGCCGAGCGGUGUUGCAGUUUGCGGCAAGCUACAAAGUGCUGCUCUUUGCAGUCAUGUGCGAUGUUCUCCAGCCCACAGAACUGGGUGGCCGCCUUCCCAUUGUUGCUCCAGAGGCUCGAUCCUACCUCCCUAGCCUAGAAGUGUCGAGUUUGGCCAACCUUCCCUUCGAUGCCGUGCACACCAUGAAUGAGUUCAUGACAGCCUUGAAGAACAUGAGACGGUCAAGGACAUUCCAUGGUGCUGGAGAUGGUAGCUUCGAGCGUGUGAGCAAGGAUGGUGGAGGCGAUGCAGGCCCCGAAGUGGAACGAGAAGAUGUACUGUUGCCGCUCCCGCUGGUCUUAGCUGCGGCGGAGGUUGUGUGUGGUAGGAGCAAGUUGACGGCCGAGUACUUCAAUGUCAUGCUCAUGGGAUACUCCAGGCAGCCUCGACUGCUGCCACGUCUUGACGAGGAAGCUGAGCCUUCACCUUCCGAGAGCCCCGUCGAGGGCUCUUCCGAACUCCGUUCCGCAUCGAGGAACUCCGAGUCCAGCCUCGCUUCCUCCGAAACAGGAGGAGAGGAGUCCGAUUCGAAAGUUCCGACGAAGGCUUUGCUGGUGUCGCACCUCCUGGCCGCAGACCGAAUGCGCCGACAUCCGGAGAUGUGGGAGGAGACGGACUACUUUGUCGACAGCCUUUGGGAAGCUGUCAUGAAACGAGUCAACCCGACGAAGGUCUCCCACUUCUCCGUGCUUUCCAAUCGUGUUGAACUCGCCGAAGCGACGGUGGCAGCGCAGGUCACCAUCGAGCGCUUCCGCCUGCAGGUUCCGGAGGCUUUGGUCGCCUCAGCGCUGAAAGAGGUACAGCCAGGUGGUGCUCCUUUCGACUCCGAAAGGCGCCAGAAAGAGGGCUAUGUGACCAAGGAAGCUGUGGAGGUUAUCAUGCAUCUCUGGCGCCAGUGCGGUGGUGCUGCAAGUGUGUGUUGCACGGAGAGCCACGCUCUCUGGGCAGUUCUGUGGGCCUUGGCGCUCGAGCGUGGAUAUGAAGUGCAGCUCAUGGGCCGAUUCUUCGACAUCUUCGACGAGUCCGGCGAUGGCUCACUCCAGUACGAUGAGUUCGUCAAUUUCAUGGCGCACAUAGCACCUGCAGUCCCCGAGGCAGACUGCGCUUCUUUCUUCAUGGCCGUGGCAGAGGACACCUCAGCUGACAUGACGCAGGAGGUGUUCAUCAACUUGGUUCAGCGGGUCGGCGUCUCCUCUGACCUGGAUGGACUUAAGAGCUUGGUGGAGGCUCGAGCAAAGGCUUAG